ACACAAAGUUCUGUUGUAGUUUGUGAAAUAUUAUCACGAUUAUUUAAUUUGGGAAUAAGCCGAAAACUAUAACACUGAGAGAGAAAAAAUAAAAGCAGAGACUUAUUAAUGCUGUAAUAAAUCAAAAGAUGUUAUUCUCCAGGCUUUGAGGGAAGGCCGUGGUGACGUAUAUGGCUGUGCUUUCUUCUGAUUGGCUGAAAGUUAUGUUGGGCACGUCCACUAUAAAAAGUGAAUUUACCAAACGGAUUGUUUUACAGUCCAUUCUCAAAGUGUUUGUACGCUAAUCUGCUCCAGCAUGCGUUUUAUUUAGGAUCAGUGAUCUUUAAUUUUUUUUUUUUAUGUUUUCGUAUUAGUUUUUGACUUGAAUACCAUAUAACGUUAGUAGUAAACAUCUUCUUUGCGAACACAUUUGUACAUAUUCAGUCAGAAUGUCUCAUAGCUGUCGUCUGCUUUGUGGUUUUUUAAUGAGCUGCAUCGGCUGGACUGGUAUUAUAAUAGCGACCUCAACAAACGACUGGGUGGUGACCUGUAAGUACGGCAUGCACACCUGCAGGAAGAUGGAUGAGCUGGAGACCAAGGGCUUGUGGACAGAGUGUGUCAUCUCUACUGCUCUCUAUCACUGCAUCUCACUCAACCAGAUCCUCGAUAUACCAGCUUACAUCCAGACGUCGCGUGCUCUGAUGGUCUCCGCCUCUCUGCUCGGACUGCCCGCUCUGGCGCUCGUGCUGCUGGCGAUGCCGUGCGUCAAACUGAGCCAAGAGAGCGAAGACACCAAACACAGACGCGCAGUCCUGGGAGGACUUCUUAUACUGUUCAUAUCUCUGUGCGGGAUGGUGUCAACUGUGUGGUUUCCUAUUGGCGUGCUUCACGAGGACGGCCUGAUGUCGUUCGGAUUCUCCUUGUAUGCUGGCUGGGUCGGUUCAGCCCUUUGUUUUUUUGGCAGCUCGGUGAUGAUUUGUUGCUCAAGGGGUGACGACCCAAGUCAAAAUCUUGAAAACCACUACUACUACUCAAAACACAGCGGCGUUACCAACUCUGGCCCUCCUAUAAACAGUCAUGCCAAGACCGCACAUGUGUGAGAGUGAAGACACACUGGACAAGACCACAGGCGCCUUACCUCAAGAUUUGAACACGCGCCAAUGAAAUACGUGAAGAAUUUGUUUUCUACUGCCAUGGUUUGACUGCAAACAUGUGAAGAUUUGGCGGGAACAGAGAAUUCAGUGUAAACUGUUCUUUUUUUUUUGUGCUAAAACUUAGACGUUUGAACAUUAAAGGCUUUGUUUGAACAGACGUUGAAAUGAAUCCAAAGGGAAACCGCUCUCUUCUCCCUAGGCAUUUCAUUUUUCAUUGACUUUACAGUAUUUACAAAGUAUUCAUUUUGCUCCUAUGUUUUAUUUUACCAGCUACUUUAUUUUAUCUUGUGUAAAAGUUGUGAAUAUAAGCUCAUUAGCUCAUGCCAACAUUUAGGAAAGCAUGUACACCCAGACAGACAGAUAGAUAGAUGGACAGGAAAGCUGUGUGUUUGAAUGACCAGAUGCCAUCUGUACUGUUUUCCUGGAGAUCUCCUCACAGCUUCCUGCACACAACCUCCUAGGAAAUCAGCAUUUGAAAUUUGAGAAAAAAAUAUGUGUAACAGGAAAACCUGUCAUUUUUUUCUGGUCCCAUAUGGUUGGUGAUUGAUUAAUUGUGGUAAUGCAUUAUUUUAUGUGCUGUUUGUGAGUUUGAGGACAUAAUACUUCUUAUACCGUCUACUUUGUUAUGCAUUUUACUUGUUCAAAAUCAUCACGCCAUCUCAUAAUAUACAAAUUGAAUGUGUCUGAAUGAAAACAUGAACCUACAAAAUAUAUAACAAAAAAAAAUUGUUAUAGCUGAUGACACAAAAAAGACACCAAUUGUGCUUGUAAAAUAUAUUAAUUUUAAUAUUUCAUUUUAAAUAUAUUUGUAUAUUCUUUUCAAACAUGUAACUCUUGAUCUCUGUGAAUAUAAGUGUGUUCUGAAUUUGAAUGAUUUUUAGCGCAGAGCUGUAAGGAAGAAAUAUAAAUAUCCUCAUGCAAACCUAAACAAGGGUGAAACCACAAGAGCACGACAUUUCUACAAACCAACAGAGAAAGAAUUUGAUAUCAAUGUCGCAAAAUAUUUUGAGAACUAUUGAGCUUUCACAGGGAGCCAAUCAUAAUAUUUCCUCCCUUGAAAUUCAAGGGAGAGCUUGAGACUUUAGAUCAAACACAGCUGUGGAGACGAUGUAAGGUGAAAAGUCCACUCAAUGCAUCUUCAGAGGGUUUCUGCUCAUGUAGUGACAACUUGCAUUGGUUUUUGCUUUAAAGAGGCAUCCUGAGUUUUUAUACGGAGAAGACAAGGGCAUUGCUUUUAGGAUCUUAAUAAUGGAAAAAAAAGAGUACGGUUUGUAUUAAAGCCAACACUGAAACAGCAGCUCACAUCAGAAAGAAACACUAAUUCUGUUAGAAAUCUAAGCAUAUAUUUGAUUUUAGUAGAAUAACAUUAAGGAGGGGUUAUUUAAAGGCACUUUUGAAGCCUUAAUAAAAAAACUGGGCUAAACAUCCAUCUAGAUAAGUCACAUCUAUCACAAGGUGCAAAUGCAUUUAACAAGCACCUGUUCAAGAAUAAAUCUUUUUAAGUUCACUUAGAAACACACUCAAAAAUGUUUUAAUAACUAGUGAGACAUGAUUAAUAACACCUUCAAACCUAAAAAAAUCCAUCAGUAACUGAUUUUGUCUGGUAGAAUGUGUUCCUGGAUUAAUGUUUGUUCCUGUCAAACGAGCACAGUAC